AUCCCUUCAUUGCAACACAAGCCAACUGACACAAGCGAAGUGUGGUGUCGUCGCUCUUGCUCGAAAGCCUUUCUAAUUUCAUUUUCGACCUCAUCUUGAUUUUAGUCUUAAAGUAAAAAUGGUUGAUAGUAUCUAUCGUACUCGUUCUUUGGGAGUCGCUUCAGAGGGUAUUCCCGACCAGUAUGCAGAUGGAAAAGCAGCGAAAGUUUGGGAAUUCUACAUCGGCGGCCGCAAUGAAAGGACAGACGUUUAUCGGAGCUGGAUCACCCAGCUGCUCCGGGAGAAGAAUUGCAAGCGUGUGCUUGACGUCGCGUGUGGUACUGGUAUUGAUUCUGUGAUGUUACUGGAGGAGGGAUUUGAGGUGGUAAGUGUUGAUGCCUCUGACAAAAUGAUAAUGCAGGCUUUCAGGGAACGAUGGAGUCGUCGCAAAGAGGAUGCUUUUGAUAAAUGGGAAAUUGAGGUAGCCAAUUGGUUGACCCUUCCAGAAGAUCUGCCAUCACAAGAAGGCAAGUUUGAUGCUGUUAUCUGUCUGGGAAACUCCUUUGCCAAUCUGCCAGACUUUGAGGGAAAUCUGUCCAACCAGCGCUUGGCCCUCAAGAAUUUUGCGGAUUUCCUUCGUCCCGGUGGGAUGAUGAUCAUUGACCACAGGAAUUAUGAUGCCAUCUUGGAUACUGGCCGUGCCCCUGUCCACAAUAUCUAUUAUCAUGGUAAUUGUAUCAAGGACAUCCAGACUUCUACCCUGUACGUCAAUGGUAGACCUUCCAUGGUUACCCUGGAUUACUUUAUCGACAUCAACGUUGCUAAAGAGGAUAUCAAGAAGAAAGGACAACUUUCAAAGAAGAAACUGGAGUUUGAGCCUGUCCAACCCAUUAUGAAGUUCCGUCUGUCUUAUUACCCACACCGGCUGAAUGCAUUCACCGAGCUCCUCAAGGAAGCCUUUGGUGCCGAGUGCAAACAUGAACUUCUCGCCGACUUCAAGAAACCCAGUGAGGUUGCCCACCCGGCAUACUACAUACACUGCAUUGAAAAACCAUUCUAGUCCAUUGUCUUACCCUACAGUAGGAGCUCUGCAUAUUAGAAUAGGCUCUGAGACAUGGAUGAGGGUUAGGUUGAGCAUUGGACUUGGAGUCCAUGGUGGAAGUACAAAGGUGUUUUAUGCAGUUUCUUGAGAGAAUUGUGAUUAUUUUCUCGGUAAACUUGCAAUUGACUUAGCUGAUCACUUAAAAAGAUCCAAUCAUGAAUGUGCACUUUGGGAAGGUGUGGCAAAUAAAUGUUUUUUGCUAUGGUUAAAUGGGAUCUAUCUAACAAAUGAAAAUUUCCACUCUUUUCUACACUUAUCUUAGUGAUCUCAAUUAUGAGGAUAUAUGCAUGGAAAUAUUCUUUAAAAUUUGAUCACAGUGUCUGAUCAUACAUGUAAGCAAUCAAUUAUCUUGGACCCUACCUCAGACUGGCUUAAACUGGGCUAACCGAUAUUUGAGUCUUCCCUUUUAAAAGUGCUUGAAUGUUUCUUAUUAUAGAAUAAGUAUCUACUGGAUAGUUUGCAAAUGAAGUACUGAGAAUAUACUUCUUAAUUGUAUUAAUCGAUACUGAAUGGGUUGCAUGUGGAUAUAGUCAUCUUCAUUCAGAAUGAAGUAUUCAGUUGUUUAAUGCUGUAUUCACUUAAGUAGAGAUUGUAUGCAAAUUUGCUAAUUUGCAUGUAAAAACAGUGAUUAAGAAGUUUAAAUUACAUCACCAAUUUAGUGAAUAUAGUGAUAUAUUCAUUUCUUGUUCCAUUUAAUGAAAGAUACUGAUGCAUUGAAAAUGGUUGCAGUAUGUCAAGAUAUUUUUUUUUCUUUUGAUGUAGUUUGCAUCAUUUUUAGAGUUGUGCAUCAAAAGUUAUCGGACCAAAUCACAAAAUGUGGUUAAUUGUCCCUGGUGGUUAAAAGCUGGCAUGGUGUAUCCACGGUGCACUUGCAUUUUAACCUAUACAUAAUUAAAGUGACAUUGGUAGGUCAUUCGGUUUAUUUUCAGUUGGUCUAAUGCCAGUUGGUCUAAUUACCAACUCGUCUACUAUCAUUUGGUCUACCAUCAGUUCCAAAUGGUUAUGAGACAAAGUGGUCAUAGACGAAGUAAUUAUUGGUCCAAAUGUAUGAAAUGUUGAUGGGCGGAAUGGCAUUGUACUGAAUAAAGGUAGACCCUGUGAGGAUUGGACAAGUUUGCAAUAGACUAAUUGGCAAUUUUACAGAUCCUUCAAUGUAGAUGAUGUGGAAUAUGUAGAAAAUGUGUCCCUCUCCUCACAGCAUAUAAUCAUACUCACCAGACUCUGAUAAGAAUACAUUUUACCUGUCAGCAUAAAUCUGCAGUAAGCUGGUUUGACGGUACAACCUGCAAAUGGGCAGAUACCUGUAUAUAUGCAAAUGUUUGUACCAAAAUAGUAAAUCCUACAGAGAUAAAAACCUGAUCUGUAGUCACAAACGUUAUGCAAUCCGUGUAAAUAUUUGCGCCACAGGGACAACCUUUGCAGGUUGAAUUUUGGAUAUGGUGUACUAUUCCUAAAAACUGGAAUAUGGUGUGCAAUAUUUGAGCAAAGUAUUGCUGUAUAAUUACAUCUAUUCUAAACUUCGGUAAAAAAUUGUCCUUGUACUGUUUGUUCACAGUAAGAAUGUCAAUUGAGAGCUUUAGUUGUAACUUUCGAACACCUUUAUGAAAUUGCUUUGUGUACAUUUCCUUAAAAGUAUGAAAAAUUGCGAUUGCAGUGAAACCUGUCUAUAUAGACCAUGCAAGGGAAAGAAGAACAAGUUUUACUGUUAUUUUUGAGAACUGAAGAUGGAAUAAUGUCCAACAAUGCUGCAACCAUUAAUUCAAAGUGAUUUAAAAAUGGCAGGAGCACUGAGAAAAUGUCAUUUAUAUGAUAAAAUGAUAUGAUAUAUAUCAUAAAAUGCUUUUAAAGCAAAAACUUACUUAGCUCACAGGAUGUCAUUUUCUCAGGUUAUGUACCAUAUGUGAUUUGAUAUUAUGAUAUCAGUUGCUGUAAUUCGAGCUUUACUAAAACAAAUCUAAUGUGCAAUAACAUUUUGCAUUGUGUAUUCUUAACUUGUUAUUUUACUGCGUUGGGAGAUAUCAUUUUAGACGUGUGUCUUUGUAAAGGAGUCUGACACAUGUAAUCAUGAUCAAAAUCUGUAAAAAAAAAAAACUUUUGGCAACUUGUGGGAUAAAAAUGAGCAUGCAUAUUUGAAGGGUAAAAUUUUGUCUCAUAAUGUGUAAAAUAUAUUUCUAUCGGAGUAUUGGUAAAUCUUGAGCAACAUCAGGAAGAGAUAGCCAAGCGUUUAAUUUCAUUUUACCCAAUAAUUAUGUAUUUUAUCUUUUUAUCUAAUAUUGAUUGAUUUUUUUUAAGUUUCAUUAGGUUCAAGGAAAAGUGAAGUGAAAUAGGUAGAAAAAAAAAAUAUAUAUAUAUAUAUAUUUGA